AUGCCCGAUCCUGAACAAGUAGAUACAGGAGCGGCUCAGUUUGCCUGGGGUAAGAAAAGAGGACGUGGGAAGGGAAUGAAUGUACAGUUUUACGGUUCUUUUGCAUAUGACGGCACAGAAUACUCUUUAUAUGACUGCGUAUACCUCUACAAGGAGGGCGAACCAGAGCCCUUUAUUGGCAAACUUAUUAAGAUAUGGGAGCAGCAGGGAAGUCGGAGGAGAGUGAAGAUUCUUUGGUUUUUCCGACCCAUCGAAAUUCGUAAUUUUCUGGGAGAAUACGAGAAACCUCUCAAGAACGAGAUAUUUUUGGCUUCCGGUGAAGGCAUAGGUGUCACUGACGUCAAUCCCCUGGUAAAUUUGAAAAAUAUCCUUCUUUUUUAUGUUUUUUUUCCCAUGUGUGACCGCCUUCUAGAUUUCAUUUAUUUCAUUCGGCAUCAUUAACAUCGUGGUACAUUAACAUCUAGUAGCCGGGAUCAACACAGAGAAAAUGACCCGUGAAUUCUACAUUAAAAAACAUAUCUAGCUGCCUUCUAUUUUGUAAUGUUGCUUUAAAAUUAAAGAUUUAUUUCGGUUGGAUUAAUGCAAUGCUGGCAAGUGAUGAAUCUGAAGAACCUGACGUACAGAUGCUGGAAAAUUAUUUUUCAAUUAAUAUUUUUUUGGAAGUUAUUGUAAAUAAUUUUCAAUUAACAUGAUAAAUCUCUCCAGAUAUUCUUUUUAGGUCUCGAUUUUGAUUAAUAGGGGGAGCGAGGAGUCAUUUGACGCCUCAAAAGUUAGUUUUUUCUAGGCUUUUUGUCUCUUUUUCCAUGCAACCUGAAGCUGUUCGGAAGGAACGUGCUCUUGGAGUGCCGAUGGUUAAUCUGAGGAUGUUGGAACCAAUGAAUGGCAAGGCAAAGAUGAAUACGAUCAUAAACGAUGAAUAAACGGUUAAUUACAUGUAAUCACUCCGGUCAACAAUAAUCCCGGUACAGUGCAAUUAGGAGGUUCUAAUGAUCGCCAGAUCCAUUUAUUGUUUCUGUCAUCAACUAAUUCAUCACUGACAAUAAUUGGACUUCAAUACAGGUUCAUCUCUGACACUAAUUAGAUAUGAUUUUUUAGGUCUGUUCCUUGUGGUCGAAGACUAAUAACUGAUUCUUUCCUUAGUGUUUCUAUAUCAAGUAGCGCGUCUGCCUUCAGACGAAAAUUUUAACUGCCAUUUUCUUCACAAUCUGUUGCUAUUAGCCCCACAGUCAUUUUAUUAAUGCUUGGUUUAACGAAUUUUCUUUCGCUUUUCUGCUUUGCUAUUCUCAUUUGAAAUAAAAUCAUUAGACUAGCAGUUCGAGCUAUCAUGAUCACCAUUUGGAGUGUAGUUACAGCAAUGAGCUACUGUCAAGCCACUGAUUAAUCUAUGGGGAGCUUUCAUGUUAUAUUGUAAGAGGUUUUGACUAAAGGUGCAUCGUCAGCAUUGUAAAUCACAUAUGCGAAUAAAUUUAUGGAUAAAAUGCAUUAUAUGACCUAGCUGAUUUCGGAUUUCCAUUGCUUGAUGAUUAGAUUACUUCUUUUGGAUACUUUCCUUCGUCCCAUCCUCGUGGUUGAAAUUCUGGAAACAUCUUGGCAUCAAAUAAAUAUCGUGCUUGUUAUUCUACAUAUCCUUUAGCUUGAUUGUUGCAGUUAUGAUAAUAGUUAACCUCAUUUAGGAAGCUAUUGCGGGCAAAUGCAAUGUCAUCUGCAUCUCCAAGGACCAGAGAAAUCGUCAGCCUUCAGAUGAAGAGCUGAAAGUAGUUGAUUACAUUUUUUAUCGCACCUUUGAUGUUGGAAGUUACACAAUAUCUGAUGAAAUAGGAGAGACUAUUGCUGGAGUGGAAGGUAGCCACAUCUAUUUUUUUCUCCCUUUCCUGUGACACCAUCUUCUGUGUUGUUUUAUUUCCUGACGUGGAGUUCACUAUGUUUCAGCUACGUAUAUUUUCAAUUUUAAAGAAGGUUUGAGUGAUAAUGCUGCAGAUGGGAGGUCUGCCAUCAAUGGACCAAGUGAGAAGUCUUCUCACACAGUUGAUCUUGUUCUGGAAGCCGAACAGAGUAUAGGAAAUAUUCAUUCAAUUGAAAAACCCAUUACAAAGAGUGAGCUAGUGCUAGGUAAAGAGGUCAGGAAGGCUGAUCUCUCAGAUGCACUUAACGAUAGAAGCUCUAAGAGAAUGAGACUGUCAGAUGCUUCCAGAAUGCAGAAGAGUGACAUGGGAUCAUAUGGAACUGAGGAAAAGGCUUGUGCAAUUGCCACCACACCUUCUACCGACAAGGCCAAGCUGAAGCUUGACAAUGACUUACUUCGGCUCAAGAAAGGGUCGACUGGGAAAUUGAAGCCUGAUGCAGUGGCUGACAGACCUGCUGGUGAAACAUUUAACACAUCAACCCCUGAUCUUUCCUUGCAGAAGAGACAAAAUACAAAUGAGACUGUAGAAAUGCCCAAAAGACCAGGCGUGGUAAGAAUAUGAAGGAAUGCAUGCACGUUGAACGUUAUUUUGUCACAGAAUUUGUUGUUUCCCUUUUGGCGCUGGCUACAGUUAUCUUAUGUCUCAAUGAAGUUUUCUCAUACUUCACCUUUGUAACUCUUUUCUGUGUUUACCAUUACAGGAUACGAGUAAAUGGUUCGUUGGUCCCGUGAGUUGACUCUCCUCUUUAACGUUUCUCUACACAUGCUAUCUUCUUUGGUCAAACAGUUCAUUUUUCCCUCGGAUUUCGUGGUGCCUAGCUUGGUUGGUUACCGAUGUUGAUGACACUGAAAAUCAUGAUUUCAUUGUUUGAAGACAUUAUCCGUUUUACUCAAGUACUUGGGUAUUAACCACUCUGGUUCCUCAGUCUAUUAAUCAUCUUUUGCUGAAAUCGCUUGCUUUUCUAUAUCUGUAAUUGCCAAAUUCCCUGAUAUUAUGGAAACCCUUUUGCUACUUUAAGUCAUUCAUAAUUUUCCUGUUUCUUGUGUAUGUUAGAUGCUGAUAGAUUGCAUAGAAUCUUGACAUGAUUGGUUCCAUUAACUUUGAGAUGGUACUGAUGUUCGAUGGACAUAAGUUAAUGCAAACUCUAUCCACUGAAUCCACUAAAUGAAUCAAACCAUGAUUCGAAUCACUGCAGUCAGAACCGCCAGAGAUAUUGAAUACUGAAAUUUUCAAUCGUAUCUUUGUGCACUCUUUUAAACAGUCCAGCAUGUAGCAUGUGUUUGUAACGUGAAUUUAUUGAUGAUGGAUAAGACUUCUGACACAAAAUUUAGAAUGUGUAUGUGAUAGGACUCCCAGGAUAUUGGUUUGAAAUCGAGGGGAAUAGAGAGAGUAAUCACAAGAAUCUAAGGAAGAGCAGAUUGAAAUAGAAAAGGGGAAAGGAAGUAGGGAAGGGUUCCGAAGGAACUCUAGAACCAGUUCAGGGGCGAAUUUUGGAGCACCCCUAGCUCUCCCAAGACCACUUCCAAAAGUGCCCACCAUGAGGGCCCCUCAGGGACCUUAAACCGACCUCCUUACUGGGCUCCUUGGGCCACCUAGGAGUUUACCUUCCCUCUCCGGGUGAAAGUAACCCGGGCAGUGGGCCUGGUAAUGGGACCGACAGUUUCGGACCUAACAGAAUGAUGCAUUAGUGCCUUUGCAUUUGGCAUUAUGGGAUUAUGAAGACAUAAUUAGAAAAUUCACUUCAAAGCACAUAUUCAUGAAUUCCAUUACCAUAUUUUCCACAUUGCCAUCUCAUAAUCAAAAAUUCUGUAAGUAUCAUUAUCUUGUCUUAUUUGAUAAUUUUUGAAGGUUUUUUCUAGUUUAAUUUUCUAAUCAAUUUUAACCUCGGAUUUCUUUUAAUCAACGUGUUAAUGAGACUUAUUUUUAAAUGGCUGAAGUUUGAGGAGAAUUAUGCUAAAUUAUAUUGAAAGUUACUCUAUAAUACAAACUUUGGAUAGAUAGGUAUUCUUUCUUUUCUGGCUGCAUUUAAAAUUUCAGCUUCCCCUUAUAUUUUUAAUGUUAUUUUGUCACAAUGGAGGAAAUUUUGUCACAAUGGAGAGAUUUUGUCCCCUUAUAUUUUUAAUGUUAUCACCAUGGAGGAAUUUUUGUCAAUUUUCACUCUUUUGUCACGGAAAAAGUGAUAUACUGCCGUUCUCUUAAACAUUCAUUUUCGUCAUUCUUCACUUCUCAGUUAUACUUCUGUGAACACAGCUCUAGUUUGUGACUAUUACUGCUGAAAGUAAAACAUUUUGCGAAUGCUUUGAUGUAACUUUUGUUGGUCCCAAUUGAAUUGCUUUAUGUUGCCUAAUGUCACAGUUGUUCAGAAUCAAGAUUAGUCGUUUGACCUAAUUCAAGAGACUUCUUAACGCUGAACUCUGAUUUAUCUGAUUGAUCAGUUAAUGUCAUAGAGAUAUUUUUGCUCUUCUUGCUGCUCAACUGCUCUGUCGAACAAGCCAGGUUUUGUCAUGGACUUAUAGAGGAAUCGUGUUUACCAUUGUUCUUCGUUCACAAGCUUAAAAGAUGAUACUCCUAAACGUGUCAUGGCCUGGGACAAGCAGCCAUCUUACCUUUUUUCAAUUGCUUUGCAGCCCUGGGAGACUCGAAUAUGGGAAGCUCAGGGACAAGGAACUCUUGUGCUGCUUGAAAAUUUUGAUUUAGUGCACACAUCAGAAGAGAUAGAGGUAUUGCCAUAGGACCUGUGGUUAAAACAAUUAUUUUGUGUGUAUUUCUCAAGACGCUGGAUACAGUGUCAUCAUUCAUGCUGUAUGGGAUCCUUUUUUUCACUAGGUUACCAGAAUGCACCACUUUCAUGAUUGGAAAUUUCUAGAAUCUUGACGUAUUUUUCUAAGUUCUUGAAUGAUUAGACUAUGCUUAAUCCCUUAUUAUUCAGUCUCGUGUUUAGAAUAUUACAUUUCGUUUCUUGUGUAAAAAUUAGUCAUUGUUUUACUAUUGGUUAUGUAUUUUUCCACUGGUAGCAGUUUUUUUGGUACAGCCUUUGGAGCAUCUCAUUGCACUAACGCUUGGAUUUUUUAAAAUGAAGCAAAUGAUAUAUUAAUGGCUUCAUUUCUCAGUUUUAUGCAUCUGCUAAGUGGAGAUUCAUUGUUUUAUGAGGACAGGGUAUUCAGAUGAUUUAACAACAAGAACACUAUUGAAGAUUUUCCACAAGACAAUAUCUUCUCCUCUUCCCUUUGGGUUUAGACGGGAAUCAAUAUUCUGAAAAUGGUCGUAGCCCUCUAGCUUAAAUAGGCAUCAUGUUUUUCUGUUGUUUUUUCUCUUAUGAGAGAUUUCGUUAGUAUCUUUCCUUUCUAUGGUUCAUGGCUUCUGUGCUGAUUCUAUUUUGUCUCUUGGGUAUGGAUAUUCUAUAUUCUCAGGACUUGAUUUUCCAUUGCUUCAAAAAGAAGUGCGCUGCAAGGAUGAUAGAGUGGUCUACGUUUUCGUGUCCCUAUCAUGGUACGAUAAAUUUUAAGCUUCGUUCUUUUUGCUUUACUAAAUAGCUUUCAUCUAUUGGUGCUUGUAUGGCACAAUAGAUAGCGCAAUUUCUUGAAGGAUUUAACAUAAGUUAUGUGGUGGGUCUCUAUUUUCAUUGCAGUUGUGAAAAACUCGGUCUAUGCGUGACACAAAUGGGGUGUGUGUAAUGCUUGUGUUUCAGGUCGUGCAUUAAUUAUUUGCAAAAACAGAGGGGAUGCAGAAGAAAUAGUUAACAAGCUUAAGGCAAAUGUCCUAAUGCUCUCAAAUGGAAGGUAUCUUCUCUUUGCUUCUGGAUCUGUACAUUGGGUUCUUGUGAUGAAUUGUGAAUGCCGAGAUUCCAGUUUAGACUGAUCGUUUGAAUAGUUUCAGAAAGACAACUCAAUAAAUUUCACUAGUUAAAUAACAGUUCGGUAUUUUCUUUUUGUGCUUAUGGAUGAACAUGCAUGCCCGCCACUUAUCUCUCAUUUGUUUUGACAUCCUCACGUGUGAGCUAAGCGAUGGUAGGGAGAGUUGUACGGUUUAUGCACAUUAAUCAAGCUCCCAUCAGAUGAUCGGUUUGUCUGGAGUUUAUAUCAGAUUAUCCAGUUACACAAUAUAGGCAGCGGUAAGCGGAAAAUCACUACUGUUUAAUGAAUACAUACCAUAGGAACGUGUGAUAGGGUGGCGUCAAGAGAUGGGUGUUGAUCUCAAAUUUCACUUCUUUUUUUUGCUUAUGUCAUGAAUGUUUCAACAGAAGAUUCACAAGAACUCUCCUCUGAGCGCUUGGUUAUCUGUUGAUGACAAUCCUCUUGGACGGCUCCCAAUCGAAAACUUGAUGGAAAGGAAAGGAAAACUUGAACUGUGGGGUAUUAGCCUGACAGAGGAUGCAAAACUGACCAAUCGAAACGACAUGUUGAACAGUCUUAACCCUGGUGGUUGAUUCUUGGUGCUCAGGAUCUUGUCCAUAGGAUACUCUGCUUAGUGGCUGAUAUUCAACCACUCGAAUCGAGUUCGAAUUGUGGACUAAUUCACAUUUUGACCGAGAGGAUAGCUCUGCGACUGAGGGAUCUUUUCUUCAAAAUAAUAGAAAUCCAGAUCGCCGUUAGUCAGUCGAGGGGUCCAUUUUAAAGGGUAAUGGUUGCUGACAGGGAUUAGUUGACUGAGGAAACACAACAGAGUUAGUUGGCUUGCGCCAUAGUCUCUAAACUAUGUGACGUUCCUCUUGACUGAGAUGGUUCGGAUGUGCCUAAUGCUGACAAACUAUGGCACUGAUUUUAUCGGAACUUUGCCCCGAAGAUAUAAACUAGUGCAAAAAGUCGGUAAUCUUGAUAUGAAAGGUCUGGCGUGGUGUAUACAUCUGACCAACCAAAAGGGAAAAAUAAAGUGUGAAAAUACUUAGAACUUUAAAUCAGUAGGAACAUAUUUUGGAUGUCAUCAUGGCACUCUUUCUUGUUAUAAAGAUCCUCCAUUUAUUUACUAUGUCAUUUAAUCGAAGAAGGCACUGGAAACCCGAUGCUUCUGAUGGCAUUAAUGAUCAUGCUUUAGUUUGCAUGUGCCUUUCGUCCUCUUGUGAGGGAUGAGGCGUCAGCUGGAGAAAUAUUCCCAGCACUGCAUCCGAAGACCAUAGAAGCUCGCGGUGACAGCCUCACUAUCCUCCAUCCCACGUGAUCAUUUGUCCUUGAUUUCCACCUUUGGUCUUCGAUGCUUGAAUCAGCUCAUACUCAAAUGGUUCGUCUCCACCUGUGUCCCUUGAAUCUGCUGUGAGCAUGGGUAGCAUGGACCAAAGGCCUUGCCUUGGCGAUGCUGACUGUGCAGCACAGCUUCGAGUAAACAAGCUGCUCUCAAAUGUUGGGAUGCUGGGUACAUGAGUAAAUGUGAAGUUGGGGCGCUUGAUCGAUCCUUUUGCCUCGUGGUUUCAGGCCUCUUGUUGGCCGGAUGGCCAAUCUAAGGCCGCCCGGAAAGGCUUGCAAGUUCUACGGUCACUACUUCAUCGAGAAAGUCAGGCGGCAGAUGCAGCGAGAAGAAGCGGUGAUCAUCCUCCCCCCCCCCGGUCCCCAAUCCUGGUCCAUGAUCCUUGAAAUUUGUGCGCUCGCUCCAUGUCGACUUACGCUUUGGAUGAUCUUGUUCAGAGGAAUGCAGUGUCGACAUCUCACUGUUCUCAGCCCAACACACUGGAAUUUGAAAUGGGAAUCGAGUGGAUGCUGCUGCACGAGAAAUCGGCGAGCUGGUGGAGGGAGCUGCACGAGGUCCACCAGCGUCAUCCGUGAUUUUUCCAACUAUUAUAGUCAUUUUUUUCCCUUUUUCCUCUUUUUGUUUUUUAACUUCAGAUGGGUCCAUCCCCUCCCACACAGGAACAUGAGGAGGAGGUUAAGCUAACGGCCAGGGCGCCGCCAAAGAAGUAG